CCGCCCCGCGCGCACGCGCAUGCGCCCGCGGGUCCGGCCGCCCCGCUCGCUCCAAUUCGGCUCCCGCCUGCGCUCAGGACACUAGGUUCCCUACAAGCCGCCCCAGGCUUAAUGAUUGUCCAGAAGGUGGCUAUAAAGGGAGCCUGGGAGGCUGGGUGGAGGAGGGAGCAGCAAAAGCCUAACUCAGCAGAUCCGGGCACUGAGAGAGCCACCGGCAGGAGCUGUGGUCAGAGGCUCCGUGUCCUGGCCACUGGAGCCUGCUCCCGUCCACCAUGGCGGCCCAAGGCUACGGCUAUUACCGCACUGUGAUCUUCUCGGCCAUGUUUGGAGGCUACAGCCUGUACUACUUCAACCGCAAGACCUUCUCCUUUGUCAUGCCGUCGUUGGUGGAGGAGAUCCCUCUGGACAAGGAUGACUUGGGGCUCAUCACCAGCAGCCAGUCGGCAGCCUAUGCCAUCAGCAAGUUUGUGAGCGGGGUGCUAUCCGACCAGAUGAGCGCUCGCUGGCUCUUCUCUUCCGGGCUGCUCCUGGUUGGCUUGGUCAAUAUAGUCUUUUCCUGGAGCUCCUUGGUACCUGUCUUUGCUGCUCUGUGGUUCCUCAAUGGCCUGGCACAGGGGCUGGGCUGGCCUCCAUGCGGGAAGAUCCUGCGGAAGUGGUUUGAGCCAUCUCAGUUUGGCACCUGGUGGGCCAUUCUAUCAACCAGCAUGAACCUGGCUGGAGGGCUGGGCCCUAUCCUGGCAACCAUCCUGGCCCAGAGCUAUAGCUGGCGCAGCACGCUGGCCCUGUCUGGGGCCCUCUGUGUGGUUGUCUCCUUCCUCUGUCUCCUGCUCAUCCACAAUGAACCUGCUGAUGUCGGACUCCGAAACCUGGACCCCACCCCCUCCAAGGGCAAGAAAGGCUCCCUGAAGGACGAGAGUACAUUACAGGAGCUGCUGCUGUCGCCCUACCUGUGGGUGCUCUCCACUGGCUACCUUGUGGUAUUCGGUGUAAAGACAUGCUGCACUGACUGGGGCCAGUUCUUCCUUAUCCAGGAGAAAGGACAGUCCGUCCUCGUGGGUAGCUCCUACAUGAGUGCCCUGGAGGUUGGGGGCCUCGUAGGCAGCAUCGCAGCUGGCUACCUGUCAGACCGGGCCAUGGCAAAGGCAGGGCUGUCCGUGUAUGGGAACCCUCGCCAUGGCCUGUUGCUGCUCAUGAUGGCUGGCAUGACCGUGUCCAUGUACCUCUUCCGGGUCACUGUGACCAGUGACUCCCCCAAGCUCUGGAUCCUGGUGUUGGGAGCUGUGUUUGGUUUCUCCUCUUAUGGUCCCAUUGCCUUGUUCGGAGUCAUAGCCAACGAGAGUGCCCCUCCCAACUUGUGCGGCACCUCCCACGCCAUUGUAGGACUCAUGGCCAAUGUGGGCGGUUUUCUGGCUGGGCUGCCCUUCAGCACCAUUGCCAAGCACUACAGCUGGAGCACAGCCUUCUGGGUGGCUGAAGUGAUCUGUGCAGUCAGCACAGCUGCCUUCUUUCUCCUACGAAACAUCCGCACCAAGAUGGGCCGGGUGCCCAAGAAGGCCGAGUGAAGAGAGUACAGGCUCCAGUGCAUCCUCUCCUACCUGUGGCCUUCCCCUGCACAGGGUUGGGGGGAGUGGGAGGAGCAGAGAGAACGAAAGGGGGGCUGCUCCGGCUAGCACUGAACCUUUCAUUUCCUUUUGUGCUCCUUUUCACUCGCCCAGGUGGCACUGGAAGUUAUCAGUGCCUAAUGAGGUCCCAGCUCCCCAUCCUGUGCUUUAUUUAAAAGGCAAAAAUUUUUGGUUCUUGGACUCCAUUAGCUCCUAUUUUCCUGCCUUCAGACAGGAAACCCCUGCAGUCAGGGAGUCUCCUGCACCCGUCUUCCCUCCUGGGUCCUGCCCAGUGUCCCAGAGAGGUGCGGCCCCUCUGGCAGCUGCAGGGUACCAGUGGCUCAAGAUUUCUGCCCCAAGGCCUCUCAGUAGGGGGCAACAGCCAAUACCUCCAAUCCCAGGGGGUGAGGAGGCCAUCACUCUCACCGGUACCCUGGGAAAAAGGGGGGCGGGUGGAGCAUCGUAGGGAGGGAGGAAAGACUUGAUAUAGAUUAAAACUAGAUUUGAUACUAAACA